AUGACACUCAACAGUACCCUCAGAAGACACUUCAAGCAGACACUCAAAAGACAUUCAAGAAACACUCAAGCAGACACUCAGGAGACAUUAAAUAAGAACACUCAAGAAUACCUCAGCAGACACUCGAGAAGCCACCAAGAGACAUUCAAUAAGAUACUCCAAGAACAACCUCAAGCAGACACUCAAGAAGGACAUUCAAGAAACACUCAAGAAGACUACUCAGCAGACACUCCAAGACGACACUCAAGAAGACAUUCAAGAAACACUCAAGCAGACACUCCAGCAGACCCUCAAGCAACACUCAAGGAAUACAUUCAAGCAGACAUUCAGCAGACACCAGAAGAAACCUCAAGACGACCUCAGAAAGACAUUCAAGAAGACACUCAAGAGACACUCAAGAAGACACUCAAUAAGACACUCAAUAAGACACUCAGACACUCAAGCAACACUCAAGAAGACUUCAGUAAAGGAAAGACACUCAAGCAGACACUUCAAGCAGACAUUCAAGAAGAUCAUCAGAAGACACUCAAGAAGACAUUCACGAAGACCUCAAUCAGAACACUCCGAAAGACACUCAAGAAGACAUUCAAGCAGGACUCAGCAGAACACUCAGAAGUCACUCAAGCCUACACUCAGAAGAACAUUCAAAAAGACAUCAAGCAGACACUCAAGCAGACACUCUAUAAGACUUCAAGAAGACACUCAAGAAGACACUCAAGAAAGACACUCAAAGAAGACAUUCAAGAGACCCAUUCAAGAAGACACUCAAGAAGACACUCAAGAAGACAUCAAGAAUACACUAAGAAGACACUCAAGAGACACUCAAGAAGACAUUCAAGAAGACACUCAAGCAGACACUCCAGCAGAGACAUUCAAGAAGACAUUCAAGAAUACACUCAAGAAGACAUUCGAAGAAGACACUCAGCAGACCUCAAGCAUACACUCAAGAAGACUUCAAGAAGAACAACUCAAGAAGACUUCAAGAAUACACUCCAAGAAGACUCUAAGAAACACACGUCAAGAAGACACUCAAAGCAGACUCUAAAGAAAGACACUCAAGCAGACCACUCAGCAGACAACUUAAGCAACUUCAAGAAGACACUCAAGCGCACUCAAGAAGAGACUCAAGAAGACUCAAGAUACACUACUCAACACAGAACACUCAAGAAAGACUCUCAAGAAAGACAUUCAAGCAGACACUCAAGCAACACUCAAGAAGACACUCAGGCAAGACACUCAGCCGACACUCAAGAAGGACACGUCAAGCAGACACGCAAGCAGACACUCAGGAAGACAUUCAAGGAAGACACUCAAGAAGACACUCAAACAGACAUUCAGAAGACAUUCACGAAAAGCCACUCAAGCAGAUCACUCCAGAAGACUUCAAGAAGACAUCGAGAAGACACUCAAGAAGGACCCUCAAGCAACACUCAAGCAUACACUCAAGAAGUACAUUCAAACAACCACUCAGAAGACACUCAGGCAGCACUCAGAGGCACUCAAGAAGACCUCAAGAAUACACUCAAGAAGACACUCAAGAGACUUCUCAGAAGACAUUCAAGCAGACCUCAAGCAAGACACUCAAGCAGAGACCCUCAAGAAUCCCUCAAGCAGACACUCAAGGCAGACACUCAUAAGACAUUCAGCGCCACUCAGAAGACAUUCGGCGAGACACUCAAGCAGACACCAAGCAUACACUCCAAUAAGACAUUCAAGCAGACAACUCAAGCAGACACUCAGAAGACCACUCAAGAAGACAUUCAAGCAGACCUCAAGAAUACAUUCAAGCAGACACUCAACAUUCAAGAAGACACUCAAGAAGACAACUCAAUAAGAAAUUCAAGAAUACAUUCAAGGAAGAACACUCAAGAAGACCUCAACAGACACCAAGCCAUACAUUCAUCAGACACUCAAGCAGACACUCAGAAGACACUCAGAGACACUCAGGAAGACAUUCAGAAGACACUCAAGAAGACUUCAAGAAGAACACUCAGAAAGACAUUCAAGAAUACAACACUCAAGAAUCACUCAGAAGACACUCAUAGCAGAACACUCAAGAAGACACUCAAGAAGACACUCAGAGACAUUCAAGAGACAUCAGCAGACACUCAAGAAGACAAUACAAAGAAGACACAUCAAGAAGCACAUUCAGAAUACACUCAAGAAGACACUUCAAGAAGAGACUCAGAAAACACUCAAGGCAGACACUCAAGAAGACAUUCAAGAAGACACUCAAGCAGACCUUUCAAUAAGACACUCAAUGCAGACACUCAAUAG